AUGCGCGGUGCCUUUGGAAAGCCCCAGGGCACAGUGGCCAGGGUCCACAUUGGCCAGGUCAUAAUGUCCAUCCGCACCAAGCUGCAGAACAAGGAGCAUGUGAUUGAAGCUCUCCGCCGGGCCAAGUUCAAGUUCCCUGGCCGUCAGAAGAUCCAUAUCUCCAAGAAGUGGGGAUUUACCAAGUUCAAUGCGGAUGAAUUUGAGAACAUGGUGGCAGAAAAGCGACUCAUCCCGGACGGCUGUGGGGUCACAUACGUCCCUAAUCGUGGUACCCUAGACAAAUGGCGGGCCCUGCACUCAUGA